AUGAAAGCCGAGUUGGCACUAGUAAGAGAACGAAUUGCUUGGACUCGUAGACAGCUAUGCAGAGUGGAUGAACGUAUUUUAUCUUUGAAUGAAGAAUUGUGGAUCACUUUAAAUGAAGAACAUUAUGCGACAGCUAAAAGAAUGAUCUCUGCGUCUUCUACGAAAACUUUCAACAAAGCACGUUCCACUCAGAUUGCCAAAUUCACAAAAUUGACGUCCUUUGGUCGGACGCAUCGCAGACAAGAAGAUUUGGCCAGUCAUCCACUACAACGCACCGUUAUCAAUAUGAGUGAUAGAAGACUUACGCCGGUUGAAGAAGAUGUCUUGGCUCUUGGAUUAAAUUUCGCUGUGGUACCCCGUGUUCUUCCUAAAGAAGAAUUCGUACAACGUUUGGAACCGAAGUUAUACCACAUGACGAACGAUGAAGCUAGUAACAUCCGCGUCCAAAUCACCGAGGUUCUACGACGUGCAACGCUUCCAGCUUCGAAUUUAACCAAGAAUAAGAAGGAUGCAUUGAAAAACUUAAGAGCAGAUAAGUCAAUACAUAUUUUAAAGGCUGAUAAGGGUAACGCUACGGUUAUUUUAGAUCGUCUAGAAUAUGAUAAUAAAAUCCUGGCUCUUUUAAACACUUCAACUUAUAAAGAGCUUAAAAGAGACCCUACAGCUAACAUUGAACGUAAAAUAUGUUCCAAACUAUCUGGUUUUAAAAAGGCAGGUAUUUUGUCUCAAACACUUCAUAAUUGUUUGAGACCUUCAGCUACUGUUUGUCCAAAAUUUUAUGGUUUACCCAAGAUACAUAAACCUAAUGUCCCACUAAGACCUAUUGUAGCGUCCAUAGGUUCGCCAACGUAUGCCCUGGCUAAAUAUCUCGCUGAGAUAUUGAAACCAGUUGUUGGAAAAACAGAUCAUCAUGUAGUAAAUUCUAAAGAAUUUGUAACAAAAAUGGAACAAAUUAGAUUGGGUAAGAAUGACAUUCUGGUAAGUUUUGACGUAGUUAGCUUGUUCACUAAUGUUCCAGUUGAAGAGGCUUGUAAUAUCGCGAAAGAAAGACUUCUUUCAGAUAUUACAUUAUCUCAAAGAACUAAUCUUUCUCCUGAGAAUGUUCAUGAUUUGUUGAAACUAUGUUUGACCACGACAUGUUUUCAAUGGCGGGAGAAAUUCUAUGAACAAACAAACGGCGCUCCAAUGGGAAGUCCAUUGUCGCCUGUUAUGGCUAAUUUGUUCAUGGAGGAAUUUGAAAAGAAGGCCUUAGCUACUGCAAAGUUGAAACCAGGUUUCUGGUUCAGAUACGUGGAUGAUACAUUGAGUAGCUGGUCUCAUGGACUAGAUAAUUUACAAAAGUUUCUAGACCACAUUAAUAGUUUGCAUCCAUCGAUCAAGUUUACUUUUGAAGUACAGAAGGAUGAUAAAACUAUACCGUUCUUAGAUGUUCUUUUCACUAUACAUGAUGAUGGGUCGCUAGGACAUAAGGUUUAUAGGAAACCAACACAUACAGACAGGUAUCUGCAUUAUAAUUCAUUUCAUCAUCCUAGUAUUAAAAACUCUGUGUGCAAGACACUCAUCAACCGAGCGAAAACAAUUUGUGAGGUAAGUAACAUUGACGAUGAAUUAGAACAUUUAAGAAAUGUUCUAAAAAUGAAUGGUUACCCACGGCAUUUCAUAGAUAAUGCUAUGAAAACGCCACAAAGUAUACAGCAGAAGAUUGAAUAUCAGUCGUCUGUUUGUCUACCAUACAUUGGUCCGGCUUCACACAAAAUCGAAAGAAUUUUGAGGAAUGAAGCAGGUAUAAAGGUAUACCAUUCCAGCGAAAACAAAUUGUUUCGAGCUCUUUGCACACAUAAGGACAACGUAAAUGAAUCUCAGAAACCUGGUGUGUACCGCAUUCCUUGUGAAUGUGGUCUGGUUUACAUUGGUGAAACUGGUCGAAAUCUCUCAGUACGUCUUAAGGAACACAAGACGAAUUGCGAGAAAGCCGAGCAAGAUAAAUCUGCUGUGGCUAAACAUACUUGGACUUACGACCAUCGUAUAAAAUGGGACGAAGCAACCAUUUUGGCGAUUGAUAGUCAUAAGUUCUCUCGCAAAAUGAGAGAGUCAAUUGAAAUCGAGAAGCACAAUACUAUAGAUCAGGAGGGAAAGCCACUAGAUAGUACGUGGCGUGCUCUCUUUAAUGUGCAAAAUUAAUUUCUCUUGUCUUGGAUGCGCGCGCGUUAAUUGGAAUCACUUCAUUACGUUUGAAAUGACGUGGUUGAUGUGCCGUUUAAUUAAAUUUCAAAUGACGCGAGCCAACAGAUCACGACACUCUUGUAUAUAAAAGGAGCGUGUGAAUUAAACAAGUCACAUAUUAUUAGCACUGAUGAAGAUCCGGGCUUACGGAUCGAAAGCUUUGCAGUAAUAAAUUUACGUGGUGUUUCCACAAACAAAAACAAUUAUAUUUUAUCGCCAUGCAAACAUUCAAAGAACUUAUUAAACCCACAUUUGUUUUACAUACAUAAAUAUGUCUGAAACUAAUAUCUAAUAUAAUUGUAAUUUCUUUCAUACAACUCUGUAUUCAUGACCUAGCUUAA